GCAGAGACCCAAGAAAGCAGCCAGAAGGCGUUGCUAGAUAUCUACAUGUUCUAUAUUGAUACGAGAUUCCCUACAUAUGAUUCCAACAGCGAAAUGCCUCGCCCGCGGGCCAGGCUUUGUCAAGCGAACAGCGGACGAGUUAAGUCGCCUCUCAAAGCUCGCAUGGAAUAUGGAAACGCUUGAAGUUCCAACGAAACCUUUCUACCUCCUCAAUUUUGAACAUGAAGACGUCGUGAAAGGAUGCAAAACUAUAGCAGACCGUGCCGUAGGUGGCUACAGUACAGCAAGUUUAGAUUACGUGCCCGCCGACCUGUCGACGAAUUCCCCGGCCCACGCCCGAUUCCAUGGCACCAUAUCAACUAAACUACCCCCAAACUGGAGAAUACAAAGGACGGGCUAUGCCGCAUUUCGUAAUCAAGAUCGGCGGUGGAUAUUUGGCGGACUAUACUGGGACAUGGAUCCUUAUGCUUUUCUAGCACUGAGAGUGAAAUCCGAUGGACGAAGGUAUACGGUUAAUGUACAGACCGAUAGCAUUGUGGAGACGGAUAUCCAUCAGCAUCGACUUUGGACGCAUCAUCAUCGAAUAGCUUCGCAGUCACGUCUAUCGGACGGGCCUUUGGAGCCACUAUCAGACGUUCCGCCGGCCCUUGCUGAUUUUCCCUCUAGCGAUACGAUAUCUACGUACACCACAACGCCCAAUCCAGACUCGUCAGGUUGGGAAACAAUAUUUAUUAAAUGGAACGAUUUUGUCCGGACAAACUAUGGUAAGGUUGUUGAACCUCAGACCGGGAUGGUGACGCAACGGGUUAAGUCCAUCGGUAUUGGGUUGACGGAUCGCGUGGAGGGACCGUAUGAUUUGAGAAUCCAUCGUAUGUGGGCAACGAAUGGGCUGUCAAAGGAAGAGAUGGAUGAGGAGAGGAGGAUCUGUGGUGCCAACGCUUUGGGCGCAUCAACAACGGAGUCAAGAAAGGAAGCGCCUUCGCUCGUGGAUGCCGAGGAUAAGGGGCUGGAUAGAUUUCGGGAUUUAAAAGGACUACAAAAGAAGGAUGGAGGAGAAUGA